AUUGUGCAUCGUUUUUGCAUGGCCACGCUUCACUGGAGGCCAAACGCCAAAUGAUCGUAGCCUUCAAGGAGCCACAACCAUUCACGCCCUGCCACGUGUGUGUCAUCACAGCACAUUUCUCUAUAUAUGCACUCCAUCGGUGCCGAUCUAUAGAGCACGAGGGUUGAGACUUUGCCAGAGAAGAGAGAGCUAGAGAAGCCGAGAAAACCCAUUUCUCUUCCUUUGUCUUCUGAAGCUGUUGUUUGCUUAAUUUCUUGUCCCCAUUCGCUCUUUUCUUCUUGAUCCCUGCCGAUUUUCUGUCAUUUUCUCGUAUAAAGCAACAAUGUUCAUCGAGAGCUUUAAGGUUGAGAGUCCUAAUGUUAAUUACUCAGAGAAUGAGAUUCACUCUGUGUACGAUUACGAGACCACUGAGCUUGUUCAUGAGAACAGGAAUGGCACUUAUCAGUGGAUUGUCAAGCCAAAGACUGUCAAAUACGAAUUCAAGACCGAUACCCGUGUCCCUAAACUAGGGGUUAUGCUUGUUGGCUGGGGAGGGAACAACGGCUCAACCCUCACUGCUGGUGUCAUUGCCAACCGAGAAGGGAUCUCUUGGGCUACUAAGGACAAGGUGCAACAAGCCAAUUAUUUUGGGUCCCUCACUCAAGCAUCAUCAAUCCGAGUUGGAUCCUUCAAUGGGGAGGAGAUUUAUGCGCCAUUCAAGAGUCUUCUCCCUAUGGUCAACCCAGAUUACAUUGUGUUUGGUGGAUGGGACAUAAGUGACAUGAACUUGGCAGAUUCCAUGGCCAGGGCCAAGGUCUUGGACAUUGAUUUGCAGAAGCAACUGAGGCCCUACAUGGAAGAGAUGGUCCCACUCCCAGGUAUCUAUGAUCCUGAUUUCAUAGCUGCCAAUCAAGGGUCACGUGCCAACAACGUGAUCAAGGGGACAAAGAAAGAGCAAGUUCAACAGAUUAUCAAGGAUAUAAGGGAAUUUAAGGAGAAGAACAAGGUGGACAAGAUUGUUGUUUUGUGGACUGCUAACACAGAGAGGUAUAGCAAUGUGAUUGGCGGGCUAAAUGACACCAUGGAAAACCUCAUGGCUUCUCUGGACAAAAAUGAAGCGGAGAUCUCUCCUUCCACUUUGUAUGCUAUAGCUUGCGUCCUUGAAAAUGUUCCGUUUAUUAAUGGAAGCCCACAGAACACCUUUGUUCCAGGGCUAAUUGAGUUGGCUAUUAAGAGGAACAGUUUGAUUGGUGGGGAUGAUUUCAAGAGCGGUCAGACAAAGAUGAAGUCUGUGUUGGUGGAUUUCCUUGUUGGGGCUGGUAUCAAGCCAACAUCGAUCGUGAGCUACAACCAUCUCGGGAACAAUGAUGGCAUGAAUCUCUCUGCUCCUCAAACCUUCCGCUCCAAGGAGAUCUCCAAAAGCAACGUUGUUGAUGACAUGGUCGCCAGCAAUGGCAUCCUCUAUGAACCUGGUGAACAUCCUGACCACGUAGUGGUCAUUAAGUAUGUACCAUAUGUGGGGGAUAGCAAGAGGGCCAUGGAUGAGUACACGUCUGAGAUUUUCAUGGGUGGCAAGAACACUAUUGUGCUGCACAACACUUGCGAGGACUCCCUUUUGGCGGCUCCAAUCAUCCUAGAUUUAGUCCUUCUUGCCGAGCUGAGUACUAGGAUCCAGCUCAAAGCUGAAGAUGAGGGCAAGUUCCAUUCUUUCCACCCUGUGGCUACCAUUCUCAGCUAUCUCACUAAGGCUCCUCUUGUUCCACCAGGGACACCAGUGGUGAAUGCGCUAUCAAAGCAGCGUGCCAUGCUUGAGAACAUAUUGAGGGCCUGCGUUGGGUUGGCUCCUGAGAACAACAUGAUCUUGGAAUACAAGUGAACCCAGAGAAGGUUAGUGGAAGAAGCUGACUAGUACCUCCUCUCUUUCAUUUUUCCUCUUUCCCAAAAAAGAAAAUUGAAGAAUGUAUGUUGAGAAAUUUUACAGAUUGUGGUGUCUGUGAAAUUGUUUACCCCACCAAAAAAAAAAAAAAAAAAAAAAAAAAGAAAAAAGAAAUUGUCGCUAGGAAGCAUUCUGUGGUUUUCUUUUUGGAGGUAAGUAAUGUGUAAGCAGUUUGCUGUAAAAAAGCUGGCCGUGGAGCAAAGCACAACACCCUCUUUUGUAUUUGGAAAUACAUGAUGUUUAUGUAAUGGGAUGUUUAUCUUUUGUAAUUAAA